CCCGGCCGGCCGACCAUGACGUGCUACCGGGGCUUUCUGCUGGGCAGCUGUCGGCGCGUGGCGGGCGGCCGGGCGGCGCUCCGCAGAGCAGGAGCGGGCUUGGGAGGCCCCGCCGGCCGGCGGCACCUGGGGCACGGGCAGCCACGCGAGCUGGCGGGCUGUGGCAGCCGCCCGGACGGCGGCUUCCGCCCCUCGCGGGUGGUGGUGGUGGCCAAAACCACUCGGUACGAGUUCGAGCAGCAGCGGUACCGCUACGCGGAGCUCUCGGAGGAGGACCUGAAGCAGCUGCUUGCAUUAAAAGGCUCUAGCUACAGUGGAUUACUUGAACGACAUCAUAUUCACACCAAAAAUGUACAGCAUAUUGUAGAUAGCUUACGGAAUGAAGGAAUCGAGGUUCGCUUAGUAAAGAGGAGAGAAUAUGAUGAAGAGACUGUUCGAUGGGCAGAUGCUGUCAUAGCUGCAGGAGGUGAUGGUACAAUGCUUCUGGCAGCAAGUAAAGUCUUAGACAGACUUAAGCCAGUUAUAGGGGUAAACACUGAUCCAGAACGGUCUGAAGGUCAUUUAUGUCUGCCUGUUCGAUAUACACAUUCCUUCCCAGAGGCCUUACAGAAGUUCUGUAGCGGUGAAUUCAGGUGGUUAUGGAGGCAGCGUAUCAGGUUGUAUCUUGAAGGGACUGGCAUCAACCCCAUUCCUGUGGACCUUCAUGAACAGCAGCUAAGUUUGAAUCAGCAUAGCAGAGCCUUCAACAUUGGGAGAGUUGGUGAUGAAAGGUCUGAGGCUUCAGGACCCCAGCUUUUGCCAGUGAGAGCACUAAAUGAAGUCUUCAUUGGGGAGAGUCUUUCAUCCAGAAUGUCUUAUUCUUGGGCUGUAGCAGUGGACAAUUUAAGAAGAACUAUACCCACUCUAAAGGGACUGGCAUCCUACUAUGAGAUCUCAGUGGAUGAUGGCCCGUGGGAAAAACAGAAGAGUUCAGGGCUCAAUUUGUGUACUGGAACAGGAUCAAAGGCCUGGUCUUUCAAUAUUAACAGGGUUGCAACUCAGGCUGUGGAAGAUGUUUUAAAUAUUGCAAAACGACAAGGAAAUUUGAAUCUUCCAUUGAACAGAGAAUUGGUAGAAAAAGUAACAGAUGAAUAUAAUGAAUCACUGCUGUACAGUCCAGAAGAACCAAAAAUACUUUUCAGUAUCCGAGAACCGAUAGCAAACAGAGUUUUCUUCAGCAGCCGCCAGCGUUGUUUCUCCUCAAAGGUUUGUGUUCGCUCUCGUUGUUGGGAUGCCUGUAUGGUUGUGGAUGGAGGAACUUCUUUUGAGUUUAAUGAUGGGGCAAUUGCUUCGAUGAUGAUCAGUAAAGAAGAUGAGCUUCGAACUGUGCUUCUAGAACAGUGAAGGAUUUCCUCAGAUGACAAAUAUUGAUUACUGGAAAAAUAUUUUUACUGCAGAACAGACUACCACCCAUAAAGCCUUUUGUUUUUUUGGGUUAUUAUUGAUACCAGUUGCCAUGAGCUCAAAGGUGACAAAGAAAAUGAGAUUUACAUUAUUCUUCUGUUGGCUUCAAAUACAGAAAAGAUGUUGACUGUGUAAAAAAGUAGAUGGACUAAAUGGAAUAGAAUUGAUACCAGUGAAUUUUUAAAUUCUUUACAAUUGGUAACCAAGAUGGUUGUAUCUUUUAAAAUUUAGAAGCAGGUUUACAUAAAGGAUUAAAUGUUUAGGAUUUAAAAUUUUAACUGUUUUUUUUUCUUCCUUUCCUUUGUGCAGUUGGUCAUAUACCAUUUAAGUGCUUAUUUUUCAUAGUACCUAAAAGUAAGGAUUCUUAAAAAUUUUGAUUAUAGAGAAUUUUGAUAAAUCCUGACAUUGACCUAAUUGAAGUAGGUAAAUGUGGUUUUUAUAUGUGCUAAGAAUUUUCUAAUUCCAGAUCACAAUGAUGUGAUCUUUAUUGAUUUAAAAAUUUCAGUAAUUUCUGAAAUUAUUUAUACGUAUUUUCAUUUUUCAUUGUCAAUUUCAACAGUGCCAGGUAAAAUACAUCUGUUGGGACAAAAAUCAUGAUGCUGUUACAGAUAUACUAAAGUAUCUACUUUAGGUUAGACAGUCUUUAAAAAGAUGACUUUGAGUCUAAUGGGUCUCUCCUGUCUUUAGUCAGGGACUAAAAGGAUGAAUUGAUGAAGCAUAGUCUCUUAGGAGUUUGGCAAAAAUCUUUAAAAAAUAUUUUGAUCAAGUGUUGGCAAUACUGUUAGAAAGAAUGGAUUCUUUAGUAAAUAUGUAAAACAGUACUUUUGGAACUGCUUUAUUCAGUAUUGUAAUGGGUUUCAUUUAUUUCAUAUUUCAAAUUUUACAUAAUAGCUUUGUAGGGUAAAAUGUGAUGGCUUUUCUUUUUUUCCCACUAUGAGAAUUCCUUUAUUCUUGGAGGAAAUUUUUAUUUAAUUCUUGGAUCUACUUAUAGUAAGUAAUCCUAUAAUUUUCAACAAAAAGCUCCUAUUGCUGAAUAAUGAAAUGGCAUUCUCAUGCCAUUUAUCCAAAGUUGUGUUUUUUUCACUGUUGAAAUUGUCAUUGACAAAAUAUUUAUUAAAUACCCACUCUGUGCUGUGUAUUACUUACUGUUAGGUGCUGGAUACAUGUUGAUGAAUGAAGCAUACUAUCACUAGAAUUUGAGACUAGUGGGCUCAGAAGUAAAAUUCGUUGGGAGCUAGGAUGUAUAGUCAAAUUGAGAGCUCUUAGUUUUGCCACCAGUGUUUAACAUGUUGCUCUUACACCAAAAUUUUAAAAAAGAAAUGUUAAGGUAAAAAGGUAAUCUAGAUUUUGAUGUAUAUUGCUAAGAAUCUGUUAUUCUCUUAAUUAGGAAUAAUCUGCAUAAACACUCAGAGCAGAGAAUUUACAUGAUGCAUCAGAUGGAAAUAAAAUAAAAAUUAGCGUUUUCUCAGAGGUAGAUAUAAGUUCCAGUUGGAUUUAAAAUAUGUAAGACCACUUUAUAAAGAAGUUAAAAUUCCACAAUAUAGAAUCUCCUUUAGCAGAUUUUAAAAUAUCUUGAAAAAAAAGACCAACUUGAUAUUUCAAGGAAUAUUGUGAUUGCCCAUGUGUUACCAUAGACCUGUUAAUGUGUAACAUAUUAAUAGGUAACCUGCUGUAUGAAAUUGCUCAUAAGUCAUAAUUUAGAAGUUCUUAAUAUGCUUCAUUUGCAAUGUAACUUCUGCUCCGUGGUGGGGAUUUAUUUGUAAGAGAUGAGAAACAGAGCAUGUUAGAAUAGCCAAAAUGUUUUUCUGAAUGAGUUAACCUUUAAAUGGCAACUAUAUGUGAAUAAAGUUAAACCAUUGUUAUCUUUUUUACUUCA